AUGAUUCGUACCCGCCUUACCAUUCUGGUCCCCGCAAUCGUGUGGCUGGCCCUUGCGAGCCUCAACUCGGCCAUAUCUCACUUCGCAAUUAUCCUACGGGACAAUGCAGAAUCAGAUCUCAUCAACACCAAUCAUGCCCUACUGGACCUUGCAUUUAAAAUUCUGAUGGAGAGAAUUAUUGUUGUCUCAGUUAUUGUUGCCCUGGUCUCAGCAUCGCUCUCCAUCUUCGGUACGGUCCUUGCGAUCCACCCGAGGUGGCUGCAUCAGGACUGCAAAUAUCGGUUUUACUUCGAAUACCUUCAGGUUAUGGUAGGGCUUAUUAGCCUCUCCGUGGGUGGAUAUAUCGCGGGCUGCGUCCAUGGGUCUCAAUCUUGGUUUGAGCUGUUGGACAGACACGACCACUUGCCUUACUACGGAAUCAUAUAUUACGGGGCUGUAGGGCAAGCUUCGUUUGGUUCUCUCGUGAUCACCGUGUCCUUUUUCCGGUUUAUCAUAUGCGACUUCUGCGGUCAUUAA